AUGGCCGGCGCCCCCAGCCCGCUGCGCCUGGCGCUCCUGCUGCUCGGGGCCGUGGGCAGGGCUGGCCCCCGCCCCCAGGGCGCCACCGUGUCCCUCUCUGAGACGGUGCAGAAAUGGCGAGAGUACCGUCGCCAGUGCCAGCGCUUCUUGACGGAGGCUCCACCUCCGGCCACAGGCCUCUUCUGCAACCGGACCUUUGAUGACUAUGCUUGCUGGCCAGACGGGCCCCCAGGUUCCUUUGUGAAUGUCAGCUGCCCCUGGUACCUGCCUUGGGCCAGCAGUGUGCCGCAGGGCCACGUGUACCGGUUCUGCACAGCGGAGGGCCUCUGGCUGCACAAGGACAACUCCAGCCAGCCGUGGAGGGACCUGUCGGAGUGCGAGGAGUCCAAGCGAGGGGAGAAAGACUCCCCGGAGGAGCAGCUCCUGUCCCUUUACAUCAUCUACACGGUGGGCUAUGCGCUCUCCUUCUCCGCCCUAGUCAUCGCCUCCGCCAUCCUCCUCAGCUUCAGACACUUGCACUGCACCCGGAACUACAUCCACCUGAACCUGUUUGCAUCCUUCAUCCUGCGAGCGCUGUCCGUCUUCAUCAAGGACGCGGCCCUCAAGUGGAUGUACAGCACAGCCGCCCAGCAGCACCAGUGGGACGGGCUCCUCUCCUACCAGGACUCCCUGGGCUGCCGCCUGGUGUUCCUGCUCAUGCAGUACUGCGUGGCCGCCAACUACUACUGGCUGCUGGUGGAGGGCGUCUACCUGUACACUCUGCUGGCCUUCUCUGUCUUCUCGGAGCAGCGCAUCUUCAGGGUCUACCUGAGCGUAGGCUGGGGUGUUCCCCUGCUGUUUGUCAUCCCCUGGGGCAUCGUCAARUACCUCUAUGAAGACGAGGGCUGCUGGACCAGGAACUCCAACAUGAACUACUGGCUCAUUAUCCGACUGCCCAUUCUUUUUGCCAUUGGGGUCAACUUCUUCAUCUUUGUCCGGGUCAUCUGCAUCGUGGUAUCCAAACUGAAGGCCAAUCUCAUGUGCAAGACAGACAUCAAAUGCAGACUUGCCAAGUCCACACUGACACUCAUCCCCCUGCUGGGGACCCACGAGGUCAUCUUUGCCUUYGUGAUGGACGAACAUGCCCGGGGAACCCUGCGCUUCAUCAAGCUGUUCACAGAGCUGUCCUUCACCUCUUUCCAGUGGGUUKGCAUGAUGGCUUUUCUUCCCCUCCUUUUCCCGAGGAAGGUCCAGAUGGAGUUUCGGAAGAGCUGGGAGCGCUGGCGGCUGGAGCAUUUGCACAUCCAGAGGGACAGCAGCAUGAAGCCCCUCAAGUGUCCCACCAGCAGCCUGAGCAGUGGGGCCACGGUGGGCAGCAGUGUGUAUGCAGCCACCUGCCAGGCCUCCUGCAGCUGAGACCCCGCACCGCCCCUCCUGGGGUCCACGCUGCCCGCUGGAUCAUUACAGGUGGGAGAGACCCUCCCAGGGACAGGGGAAGGGACACAUGCACACAUACCUCCCUGCUUUCCCUCCCCAGACCCAUCAGMCGGGCAAAUGGGCAUUGCCUCCUGGGACCAUGGACACAUUUUCUCUGAGGAGAAGCAGCCCGCUAAUUUGAUCAGUGUGGCGGGAGGAGAGGAAAAACAAUUGCUGGCCAGUCGAGGAGGAUUUCUUCCUGUUAAAGCCACAAGGCCCUUGGGGUUCCCCCAGACAGAGCAGCAAAUCAACCCCAGACUCAAACUCCAGGUCAAUGGCUUAUUAGUGGGACGGGGGCU